AUUUGACCAGGACAAGGUCGGAUGAUCAGUGUUUGACAAUUUCACACAACAUGUCUGAUUUCCAAUAUUUGGGAAAAAGAAAUCCUUCAAUUUUUCCUAUAAAUUGGGUUGUAAUGACCUUUGAUUUUUUAUAUCGAUAAUUGAGGUUUAACAAUGGCUACUGCAAUUAUCACGACUACUUCUCUUCUUCUUACUUGUUCAGCGCUUCUUCUGGGUUUUCUUCCAACAACUGCUCAUGCUAGACCCUUUCCAACAGAACAUUCAGUUGACAAGUUCAUGGAGAUGAUAAUACGGAAGAAUAUUUGGAUAAGUACUUCAACUGAAACCGCCAUGGAAAUAACCGGGAAUGAUGACCGUGAUGACAAAGGAAAGGUGGUUCCAUCGCCACCAGUGACAGCCUAUUCUCUUCCAUCUCAAAAGCUAGAAACACCAUGUGGUGUGGGAAGUACAUGCAAUGGUUUAAUUUCCAUGGUUACUAACUUCGGAAAGACCGCAAAAUCACCGCCAUCUCCAAAUCCAGCACCAUCAAAACAUCAAGGAACGAUUGAGCAGCCGAUACAACAAAGUCCGUUGGCUCCAGAUUUUGAGUUUAAAUCCGUGGCUGCUGCACAAUCACCACCUCAUCCAGCACCCUCCAAAGGUCAAGGAAUAAUCGAGCAACCAAUACAACAAAGAUCAUCUCAUGAUUUUCAAGUACUGGCUUCAUUUUGAGUUUGAUUUCUGUAAAUUAACAUGUCUGUCACACUAGCUCUAGUCUGUGCCCACGCAAGUGAGGUUCACCAUUCACUUUAUGUAUCAAAACCUAGAAAUUAUAUAUUGAGGGUCCAAUAAGACGAUAAGUUUGCACCCAUAGUUUGGAUCAUAGACAUGGUACCAAGAGAAUUGAAACCCACACACGUCAAUACCACUAAUUUGGCAUUACAAAAACCCUAAUUUAGUCUAUGUACAAUAGGAAAGAUUUUGAGAAAUCUUUUUAGUCGGUUUGAUACAACUUUCAAUUUAUCUACUAUAUUAACUCAAUCUAGUUUUAUUUAAAAAGAUUUACAUUACAAUUGUAAUAUCUCUAAAACUCCCCGAGUCGUGAACAAUACUAAAUUGAGAAAUAAAAUUUAGAAUUUUCGAAGCAAAUAAAA